AUGUCUUUCUUUGGCUUCGAUACCACAGGACACAACCAGGCUGCCCCUGGCUUCUCUCAGGCACGCGAUCCCUUCGCCGGACUCUCCGGCCACCAGGACGGUGGCGGAGACGCUGUCGAUUUCGAAGAUACCUACGAUGGCCUCGGCGACCAGCUCGAUGAAACAGGCGAUGACUUCAAUGAUGAUACCUUUGGGGGUGACAAUGGUGCGGGCGGCGGGCCAGUUGGCAAGGACUUUGACUUCUUUGGUCGGACCGCCCAGGUAGCCAACGCCAUCGAGGAGGAGCAUAUGCUCUACAGCCGCAACAAUGCGGCUGCCGCACCACCUGCUCCCGCUAAUACUCAGUACGCGCCCUCCUACAACUAUGCGCAGCCGUCCUACAGACCUGCGCGCACGGGUUAUGAAAAGUACGACGCACCAGACUCGAGCAUGGAUCUCCAGGUCGACCCUACCCUGUGGGGAGUUGCUCCCACGGAGCAGACCGCCCCUACCGCUCCCGUGCCGCCGGCCCAGGCACCCGCACCAGCUUCUGGGCGUAAAGUCAUGAGCCUGGAGGAGGUCGAGGCCGCAAUGAGAGCCGAAGCCCAAGCUAGGAAGCAAGCACAAGUUGAUGCUGCUGCUGCAGCUCAAGCUACCUACCAGCAAACGGCCCCGCCGCAGCAACAGCAUGCCUCCCAGGUCCAGGGUGGUUUCGAACAGGCUGAUCUCUACGGUGCAUCCAACCGUGCUGGUCAGCCUCCUACCACCUCAAUCGACGCACAACGUCCCAACGAAACUGGGCAGUUUCACUCGCAUGGGCAACCAGUGCAAAUCCUCCAGCGACCUCGUUCGAAGCCUCAGCAAACGCAGCCCACAGCGCCAACUUCUUCGAGCCCUAUGAUCCAACAGCGACAGCAAGCGCCUCAACAGGUUCAGCCUACCCAGAUCUUGCAGAACCCGAACCGGUUGUCUGGGGACGCUGCUCGCGUAGGAGCACCAUCCUACCCAUCUCACCCCGCACAUCAGUCUCAAGGCUCAAUUGGUCGCCAGCCACCGAUCAUUACCCACCCUUCGCAACUGGCCCAGCUCUCUGAAGAGGAAAAGGCUGCCUACCUUGAGCAGGAAGCGCGCCGGGCCAAACGCAACCACAAAAUCUAUCUCCUGUCUCGCGACAAUGGUAUCAUGACCCCGCAUGAUAAAAACUUUAUCACGCGGAUACAGUUGCAACAACUUGUUGCUGCUACAGGCAACCCGUCCGACAACGGUACUGAUGAGGCUCUGGCGGAAGACUUCUAUUACCAGGUCCAUAACCAGAUUCGCGGUGGCCAACGCCAGAAUCCUAGCCAGCCUCUGAGCAACUUCGCUCAGACAUAUUUGUACCAGACUGGCAACCGUCAAGGCGGCCACCGACGACACCGUGGCGGGCCCGAAAACCAUAUGCAGCGCAUGGAGCAGCAAGUCCAGCGGGCUGUAGAGGCGGCCAAAAACAAGCCCAAGAACUCGCAACUUGUCAUUGAGGGCAGUCUAGGCAAAAUCUCUUUCAGCAACGCCAAGACCCCAAAGCCGUUGCUCAACAUCAAGCGAACUGAGAGUGGCGGCGAUGUACAUCGUCAAGGUACACCCCACAAGAAUCAUCCCAGUGGCUCAAUCCUGAACAGGAAGAACUUGCUCGCAGACAUUGAGAAGGUCUACAACACUCUGAUGAAGCUCGAAGACCAUGGGCGCAAGAUGCCGCCUCCGCCUCCAGCGACGGGUGAGGACGAUUCGGAGCUCGUCCAGCAGUUCGCUGAGUGGGAGGCCACAACGCAGAAGCUCAACCAGCAGCUUUGGCGAGAGCUCAAGAUCCACGAACCUGUACCAGCCGGGGCUUUCAUCCAUCCUUUCAUCGCAAUGCUCGAGACUGCGAAGGGCAAGAAGGCCAUCCCACGUGUUUUCCGACAUGUGAACUUCGAGCAGCGCACGACGAUUCUCACCCUGAUAGUCGUGAAUCUUGACAAGCUUGACGUUGUCCGUAGGGGCUCGGUGACCGAUGGCCACAUCAACCUCGAUGCCAAGCUGCGCGAGGAUAUUGAGCUUUUCAGCAUGGCAGUACACAACACGCUGUUCAUGUUCAUGGGCGAGCUCGAGUUGAACAUCAUCACCGGCAUUCUCGGCCUUCUCUGUUCCGAAGCCAACGUGGACCUUGUCGCUAGAACUCGUGUCGGCGCUGGUUUCUUGACCAUGAUUCUGAGCCGUGCUGAGAUUAUGAUCCAGCAGCAAGGAGGCAAGGACAAUAUCAGGUCUCAGGAUGGCGGCGCUUGGGAGCGCAACUAUGCAAAUCUCUUCAACAUUUUGGAGCCCACACUGCCAUACAUGUUCCCUGGCACCCCUGUAUCUGGCGAGGACGCCUACGUUUGGCAGCUUCUCGCAGCCCUUGGCAUAGGUGCCAAUGCUGACCAGCAGCAGCGGCUGGUUGUAGGCGUCAAGGAUCGUGUGCUCGGAACAGUCGAGGUUGCGAAGACCCUGCCUCAGGACCUGGCUGUGCAGCGUCUCGGCAACGUGAACUUGUUCAUGCAGGCCAUCGGCCUCGAUGUGUCAUUGCUGGGUUGA